GAUUUAUAUACUUCAUCAUUCUUAUGAAAUAAUGAUUCAUCUUUUAAAGAUACGUAGCCAUCUUUUAACCUUGACCCAUCUAACUGGACGUUUUUUCAGCUUAUAUAUUUUAUUUCCUUUCCAUGUAUUUAAUUUCUUCUUCUAUAAAUCUCAAACUUGCAUUUAUUGCCUCAAAUUUGUUUUUGGACCAGUCUAUAUUGUCUGUUUCUGGUUUGUAUUCAACAUUUUGAAUCCAUGGAUCAAUUAAUUCAUCGUUUGGCAUUUUUAAUUCCUUAUUUAUGCCAAUCUUUUCCAUCUUAAAGUGACGGUGUGUAUUUUCCCUGACGACAGGGGGCAGCAGGUAAAUAAAUUAUUGCAAGCAAGCAUUAUUUUUUGUAUUAAAGCAAGACCUUACCAACAGAAGGCCAUUUUGGUCAAAAAUCCUUGGGAGUGCAACCUCCAGCAAAAUAACAAGAACAUCGGAUUCCCUUUCAUCACUUGCAAUGAGUGAAGAGGUAAAUGUGUAAAAGAACAAAAUUUGUGAAUGCUGAAAGUUUUGUAACCAUUUGUUACAAAUCAGUAAAUGCAUUCUGUCCUCACGGGCUUUUAUAGAAGGAAACAUGGCAUCCAAUAUGGCGUUCCCCAGAGAUUUAUACCCGCUCCCAUGUAUUUUAGACCUGAUUUUUAUGGUUAUGUUAUGAAACCGCCAAUAUUUUUCAACAACUGGGUAUCUUUUUAAAUUAAUUUACAACAUUUCAAUGGAUACUUCCAGAGAUUCAUGGUAAAAACUACACAUUGUCACUUUAAUUUGAUUCCUUUCAUCUCUCAGUUUUUCCCUUUCUACCCAUAGUUCUCUUUUUUGUGCCUCCAGCUCCUCAUUCAUUUUUUCCAAAAUUUUAAACCUAACACCUAAAUCUUUUUCCUCCUUCUGGAAAAGUGUUUGGGUAUAUUUCUCACAGUUGUCAUCAUCAGGUUAGAUACGGGUGAUUCUGCUUUAGGAAUGCACUUCCUUCAAAGUGGACAUUCACGUCUGGAACUGGCUCUCCAAAAGCCUGUCACACACAAUUUACAAAAAGUGUGACUGCUUGAUAAAAUAACAGGGUCUCUGGACAGACUGAACAGGUGAGAUUGCAUGUUUGCACAAAUCUGUGCAAUUCGUUGAGACCGUUUGUGUCAUUGUCUUUCUGCAUUUCCGCAAAUGUGGUUGUUACGGCCACCAGCCUGGCCUCUUCAGCUCCAGAAGCCUGGAUCACCCAGCCCUUGUGAUCAGCUUAGACACCGCCCCUUCUCCUCCUCUCCUCCAGGCUGCUGAUGAGCACAGCUGAGCUGAAUCCUACUUCUGACCCUGUGCCAUCCAGCAGUGUGGGAGGCAGCAGUGCAGGGGUUCUUCUGGCCUCGCUUUAGUUUUAAACCCCUUAUCUGUUCAGAAGGUUUGCUAAAAUUGUAAACUGGAAAUGAUCCAUAGAGGAGCUUGGCUUAGACGUCUUGGGUUUGAAUGUUCAGGUGGAGGAUGUGAGGAUCAGGGCAACAUAUUCCAACAGAAAGAGGAUUCCCAUUACUGAGGGCUUUGUGGAGGUGAAAGACGGAGGCAAGUGGAGGCAGAUCUGCAGCGAGGAGUGGACACAGAUGAACAGCAGGGUCAUCUGUGGCAUGUACGGUUUCCCCGAUGAGAAAAACAUCAACAUCCGACCCUACAAGUUGCUGGCCAAGCGCCGUAAGAAGAACUACUGGGGUUUCUCUGUUAACUGCACCGGCAAUGAGGCCGACCUUUCCGACUGCAAACUGGGACGAGAGAUCGAGCUGAGGGGCAACAACACGUGUAGAAAGGGCAUGCCCACUGUGGUCAGCUGUAUGCCCGGACGGGGGUUUGCCCCAAGCGUCAGCAUUGGCUUCAGAAAGGCCUACAGAGUAGAGCAACCUUUGGUUCGUCUUCGAGGUGGAGCUUUGAUAGGUGAGGGGCGAGUGGAGGUGCUGAAGAACGGAGAGUGGGGCACUGUUUGUGACGACAAGUGGAACAUCAGAGCAGCGACGGUGGUGUGUCGAGAGCUGGGAUUUGGCAGUGCCAAAGAGGCCCUGUCUGGUGCCAAAAUGGGUCAAGGAAUCGGGUCGGUCCACAUGAACGAGGUGGAAUGCUCUGGAUUUGAGAAGUCUCUGACUGAAUGUCACUUUAACCGUGACUCAGUGGGCUGCAGCCACGAGGAAGAUGCUGCUGUCAAGUGUAAUGUUCCAGCAAUGGGCUUCAACACUCGACUGCGGUUAAGUGGUGGCCGAAACCCCAGUGAGGGUCGUGUGGAGGUCCUGGCAGAGAGGAACGGCUCUCUGGUGUGGGGCACGGUGUGCAGCGAUAGCUGGGGAACCAUGGAGGCCAUGGUGGUCUGCAGACAGCUGGGACUGGGUUUCGCCAACCACGCUUUCCAGGAAACGUGGUAUUGGCAGGGAGAUUCAUCUUCUCAGGCUGUGGUGAUGAGUGGAGUAAGAUGUUCUGGAACUGAGAUGACUCUGGAUCAGUGUCUGCAUCACGGCAAACAUGUGAUUUGUCCUAACGGAGGCGGCCGCUUUGCUGCUGGAGUUUCCUGCACUCUGACGGCUCCAGAUCUGGUCCUGAGUGCUCAGGUUGUGGAGCAGACCACAUACCUGGAGGACAGGCCUUUGUAUGCACUGCAGUGUGCCCAAGAGGAGCGCUGUCUGUCCACCACCAGUGACAACGCAGACCCCACCUCCUACCGUCGCCUCCUCCGCUUCUCCUCUCAGAUCCAUAACAACGGCCUGUCAGACUUCAGGCCACGGGCGUCGCCUCACUCCUGGGUCUGGCACGAAUGCCACAGGCAUUACCACAGUAUGGAAGUUUUCACCUACUAUGACCUGCUGAGUCUGAAUGGAACAAAGGUAGCAGAGGGACACAAAGCCAGCUUCUGUCUGGAAGACACCUAUUGUGAUGAAGGUAUUCAGAAGAGAUACGAGUGUGCAAACUUUGGCUCUCAGGGCAUUACCGUGGGCUGCUGGGACACCUACAGACAUGACAUAGACUGUCAGUGGAUAGACAUCACAGACGUAAAGCCUGGCGAUUACAUCUUACAGGUUGUGAUAAACCCAAACUAUGAGGUUGCAGAGUCUGAUUACACCAACAACGUAAUGAAGUGCCGUUCUCGGUAUGAUGGACAUCGGAUAUGGACAUACAACUGUCAUAUAGGUGGAACAUUAAGUUCGGACGUAGAUGAGACAUUUCCCGGACUUCUGACCAACCAGCUUUCACACAGGUAGACUCCGACAUGAGAACAGAGGGAGGACAUCAGGGAAGCACAUAUUUGACAACCACUAGAGGGGGCUGUGUGACUUUUGCUUCCUUGGAGUAAAGCUGAAUUAUUUUUGAGCCCACAGCUCAACUUGUACAAUGAACAGUUGAAUGAGAAAGCUCAAAUGGAGAACGAACUGCUUGCUUAGUAGACCUAUUUACCAAUUUCAACUGUAUUUGUUUGUUUUUAAUUUUAUUUUUUGGCCUUUCUGGAUUUGACUUGGUGCUUCGAAUCGUAACAGGAACUGUAGCCAAAUAAGUUAUUAAGCAAUAGGUGCCUUUACUUAGAGUUGGAAACGGACGGAGACUGAAUCAAAUAAAACUAAAUCCGACAUUUCUUAAUGGAUGCUGACUCUGGAUGGAUUUAAACAAUUUUCUGUUAUAUUUGGUGCUACAACUGGUCAGAAAUUUGCACUGAAUGUUUUGCCCUGAAGCAGCUGACAAGAAAAGCAGCCGUGUAAAUCAAAUUUCCCUCAAAUUGGACCGUUCAGGCCUUCCUAAUGUCUUUCAGAUGUUACAGACGCCUGGACAUUCCUAACGCUGUGUACUGAAACUGAAAAGGACCUCAGAACAUGAUUAAUAUAAUAGCUGCAAUAAUAAUGACAACAUGUGUUCUCUUUUACAUGUUAAGUGACUGAAAGUGAGAUUUACAUUUUCUGGUUCAGCCUCUUAAGAGCUAACAGCUAUUUGGAUCGGGCUCCUGCAGCGUUUGACCAUCUGUGAAGACUUUUCAGAAAAUUGUACUUUUUUUGUGUUGCCCAACAUUUUAAAAUGUUCUAUUUAUUGUUUUAGUUUCUUGUUUUUGACAUGCGUCAUGAUCCGUGUAUUCCAUCUGCUUCUUUCUCGUCUAAGUUUUGUUAAAUUAUUACCAUCAGGGACUCUAGUUACAUUGUGGAGUACUGUAACAGCCACACAUGUAUGUGAAAUGGCCUCUUUAUGGUUCUGUAAAUGAGUUUGAAUGUAGCAGCUGAAGCUGCUUUAAUGCUGAAUGCCAGGGUGAAUGUGUAAAAUCAAUACAUUUUUAAAUAAAAUACAGUCAAAGCA